CUUUUCAAAAGAUGUCCAAGCCCCAUGGAGCCAUACAAUUUAACAGGGGACUUGAAAUUCCUCCUUCUUGGACUUUCAGAAGAUCCUAAAUUGCAACCCAUCUUAUUUGUAGCAUUCCUGCUCAUAUACCUGUUCACAGUGCUUGGAAAUGUGCUCAUCAUCCUGGCCAUCAACUCUGAUUCCCACCUCCACAGCCCCAUGUAUUUCUUCCUCUACAACCUUUCCUUGUCUGACAUGGGCUUCAGCAGCACCACAGUCCCUAAAAUGCUGAUAAAUAUGCAGACCCAUAGCAAAUCUAUAACUUAUGUAGGCUGCCUAAGCCAGGUGUCCUUCUUCUUCUUCUUUGGGUGUAUGGACAGCUUACUACUAGCUGUGAUGGCCUAUGACCGAUGGGUGGCCAUUUGUCACCCUCUGCACUACCAAGUCAUACUGAACCCUGGCCUGUGUAGAUGUUUGGUCCUGGUGUCAUUCUUCAUUAGUCUUAUGGAUUCACAGGUACACUGUUUGAUGGUGUCACAACUAACAUUUUGCACUAAUAAAGAAAUCCCUCAUUUUUUCUGUGAUGUUCCAGAGCUUCUGAAGCUUGCCUGUUCUGAUACCUCUACCAACAAAAUCGUCAUAUUUAUUGUCAGCAUCAUUGCUGGUUUUCUCCCUGCCUCAGGAAUCUUUUACUCCUACUAUAAAAUUAUUUCCUCCAUUUUUAGAGUUCCAUCAUUGUAUGGGAAGUAUAAAGCCUUUUCUACCUGUGGAUCACACCUAUCAGUUGUUUGCUUAUUUUAUGGAACGGGCCUUGGUGUGUACCUUAGUUCAUCUGUUUCUAGUUAUUCCAGGGAAAGCAUGGUGGCUUCAAUAAUGUAUACCAUUGUGGUUCCCAUGAUUAACCCCUUCAUCUAUAGUCUGAGGAACAGCGACAUCAAGAAAGCUCUUCAGAAAAUAGUCAAAAUAACCUAA